UAGUAAACCCUAGUCUUAUCUUUCUUCUCCACCUAGGUAUAAGUACUAAGUUUUGCUCUACGAAGCUUUCAUUUCUGAAACAUAUUUCUAUUAAGUUCUUAAGAAUUAUUUGCAGAGGCACCAAGGUUUGCGGUUCGAUUCUACCUGUGAAUUAGCAGGCUGCAAUAACUAAGCUAUGGGCAGCUUUAAUAAUGUUACUUAUUAACCAUUACACUCCAACCCAUUGGACUUACUAUUCUAUAAUUAAUAGUGUUAAAUUUCAAUGGGAGGAAAGGGAAAUCUAACAUAAGACUACCUAAAGCAACUAGGGGAUAUCAGAAAAAAAUUGUAUCCCAGAAAAUGUGUGAAAUAUCAUAACAAGAAACUGAUUGAUCGGAAGUCCAUCUAAAUGGUGAACCCAGAUUAAGAACUGGUGCCCUUAUUUGAGACAUGUCAGACAGUAUGGAAUAUCGGUGUUUCAUUGGAGGUUUGUCAUGGAGCACUUCAGACAGGACUCUAGAGGAUGCUUUUGAUAAGUUUGGCCAUAUUAUUGAGGCAAAGGUGGUUGUUGAUAGAGAUACUGGUCGCUCUCGAGGCUUUGGGUUUGUAACUUUUGAUGAUAAGAAGGCCAUGGAAGAUGCAAUAAGUCGAAUGCAUGGAAUGGAACUUGAUGGUCGUUCCAUCACUGUUGACAAGGCUCAGCCAAAGAGUGCUGGAGGAGACCGUGGUGAUCGUGGUUAUGGUGGUGGACGAGGAUAUGGUGGUGGUGGAGGUGGAGGUGGAGGUGGAGGUGGAGGUGGUAGUUCAGAGUGCUUCAAAUGUGGUCAGCGUGGCCAUUUUGCACGAGAAUGUACCAAUGGAGAUGGGGGUCGAGGAGGUGAUAGGUAUGGUGGGAGGAGUGAUCGUUAUAGUGGUGGUGGUAAUGGUAAGUAUGGCGCAGACCGCAGUAGUGAUCGAUAUGGAGGGCGUAGUAGGGAUGGAGGAAGUCGUGGGGGGCCAGGUAAUGACCGAUAUAAUCGUGAUCGUUCUGGUCCAUAUGACCGACCCAGUGGUGGUGGAUCUCGAUCUUAUGAUGAUCGCCAUUGAUGAAGGUGGCUGUAUUUGAUGUCUCUGAAGACCCAUUAAACAAAUUUUGAAGCUUUGUUGGCCAUGCAAAUGUGUUGCAGGAUUGAUUAUGAAAUAUUUUCACAAUUGGCUGGCAAAAUGAUCUACUGCCAUUGUGUAACUGCUUAAUUAGUUUUACUCUUGAAUGCCGGGCUCAAAUUUAACCUUGGGAUAUAUAUAUUUUUCUAUCUUCUAAGACGAGAUGUUUUGAAGGCAGUGCUACUUUUGAUUGUUUUGCUGUGCUUUAUGAGAUUCAUUGGCUUUCUUGA